UUUCCUCCCAGGUUUUUAAAUGGGAUGUUGUUAAACACAACUAAAAGGUUCGAGCCCAACAAAGGCCUGAAGCAAUUUCCUUCAAAUCAUGGAUCUCAGUUCAUUGAGCUGUUGCUUUACAACCCCUGCUCACUUGGUCCUGCUCUGGGCAUCUGCUGCAAUUGAACAAGGAGCUGCCUCACCUGACAGCAACUUCAGUUUAAACAAGUCAAUGAGAUAUAAUCUGGAUCCAUGUGAACAAUAUUUUCAGGAUGGCCAGGACCUUUGUGCGACAACAAGAGCGUGCUGUCAGACUGGAAUGGAUGAAUACGGUUGGAUUGCUGCGGCUGUGGGUUGGAGUCUCUGGUUCCUGACCCUCAUCCUUGUCUGUGUGAAUAAAGUAGCAAAGCUGAGGCCUGAUGAGCCGCAGAAGUACACUUCAGCAUGAGACUUGGGAGGCAAAAAGAACCUCCAUGGGCAGGAGGAAGAGAGCAGCAAUCCACUCCACUUGGGACAAAGGAGCAAAGCCGAUGGCGCUCUGAGACUUCCUUUGGCUUCAUCCUAGCUGACUGCAGUCAUCAAGUGGCCUGAACUGCAGUAAGACUAUCUAUUGGAAGUGGAACUCAAUAAAGGCCGUCAGAUUAUGCUAAUCUACAUGACAUUGGUCGUGGAUUUUGGAAAUAACUGACAAUAAAUUGUCUAAAACUGA